GUGUGACUUCACCACCACAUCCUGCCUGAAACCUGGACCAACAAUCUGUCCACACCAACAACUGGUUUAGUCUUUUUUCAACUCUGCAGAUCACACAAAGUUUACAGCCAGCCUCUUCCCCCACCACUCCUCAUCACAAUGCCUCAUCGCCUCUGCUCUGUUGAGAUUAACAACAACUCUGGCUGCUACACGCUCGCUAAUCCAAGGGUGUUUACUGAGAGCGGUUGCUGUGAGGUCCCUCUGCCCCCGGUGGUGGGUCCCUACUCACCUGCCAGCGCAUUGUUCAAGAAGAACACGGGCAGCGCGACUGGGGCUGUCGGCGUCUUCACCUAUGACCUUUUCAACCCCAACCUCAACGACUACAGCCACAUCGUGGCUAUCAUGUUCUCCGUUCCCUACGACCGAAACCUCUACUCCAACUGGUUUGCUGUGGGGAUCCUCGACAGAGGAAACAACUGCGACUACAAUCUUUAUGAUAUGAUGUAUAAUGGAAAUGAAAAUAAUUUUGUAAGAGCAAAGGCUGAUGGCUCCUGCAUUUCUUAUGAGGGUGAUUAUGCUAUUGUCAGUGCUUCCAUGUCAGACUCAGGUGAAGCCGUCUUGAGGGUGGAUAUCAGUGACACUGGCAUGUAUUAAGUCAGAAGAAGGAAGAUCUACUCUUGUUAUGUAAGCCAUGAGAUGAUCAGUCAUUUUAAUAAAAUAUCAUGAGUGAAGCUUAAUCAACUGACACAGUUUGUCACUAGCUGAAGUGGUGCUCAAUAUACCUAAAAUAUGAGUACAUUAAAUUGUUAUUUCAGGGGUGGUUUUAAAAUGUUGAUGCCUAAUUACAAAU